AGGGCUUCCAUCCUUGCUCUUGCUAGUCGACGGCUUCAAUCUGGGUCAUGGACAGCGUGGAUUCUAGCUAGGCUGUAUCGCGAUGUUCUUUUUCCUUCUUCCGUUCUCAUCCCGGUUCUUUGCAUCGUCCGAUCUUUUGAAAUAUGGUGGAGGUUCUUGGUCCUCUGUCUGCUCGUCCGCCUACUCCACCUAGGACAUCGUCUCGUAUGCUGUCCGAGAUUGAUCGAACUGAAGAUUCUCCGGUUGUUGUGCACACGCCUCGCGACUCUCCUUUCUCCGUUAAUGGGUCGGCCGGCGCUCCUUCGAGUCGACAAUCCAAGCGCGUGAACUUCUCGCCAUGGACGAGAUACAUCAAGCCUCCCUCGUUUACCAAUUCCGCCGCAAAGUCGAAGUCUGACCUCAAGUCCCUACCUCCUUCGAAUGAAUGCAAGCCUACAAAGUCUAUCCUCAAGCCGACUACCCUCAAUUCCCCUGUCAAUUCUCCAUCUGCCGGUCCUCAUACUGCUAUUCCUUUCGCCAUGUUGCUAGAGUCGAUUUUGCAGCAGCUAGCUGGGGAGGCUAUCAGCUCCCGACUCGACGCUUAUAUGCAAUUUUUCGGGGCCCUGCGAGCAUAUGAUAAUCUGCCUGGUGACCAAAAUAUCGUGGCGAGGCUGGGGUUGAUCACCCAGUUCAUCCAGCGGGAUGUGAGCCGAGACCUAACGACCGGGGGACCUCUAAAUACCAACCUCGUUAUCCAGGCCUUGAAGCUGGCUGUCGCUCUGGUAUGGCAUACUGAGAUCUCUGCGCGACUGCCUGAUGACUUCAAGGUCUUCCUUGUUGAUCAUUCAAUCACCUGUCUUCAAGAUGCGAAGAUGCCCAAGUCCGUUGUCACUCAUUACUUGUCCGUGUUGUCGACACAAAAUUUCAACGCCAAGAUUGUGACCAACGCGAGAGUAAUACGCAUCUUGAGCGUUCUUCAUGAUCUAACCAAUCGUGUCACUGGAACUGCAAUUGUGUCUCAGCGGUUAGCCAUUUAUCUGCGCGUCCUCAAUCAGUCCAAAUCGGUAUUCAUCUCCAACGCAGCCCUGUGGAUGGACCACCUUAUCUCCGGCUUGCUACAUCAUGUCAAGGACAUUCGGAUCAAGGCUAUUUCGGUGGGCUUCCAGACCUCGAUAGCGUGUGGACCCAACCCAACCUUGUCCAAAUGUGUCCGAGAGAUAUUUGGCAGGCCUCUAGAUGAGGGUAGGAAGCUCGUGACGGAGAUCUGCGAGCGCAUGACGCGCAUGAUGGCCAUUGCUGACUGCGGUGUACAUGUACCUCAGAUAUGGAGUGUGAUUAUACUCCUAUUACGAAGUAAAAAGUUCAACGUCGAUCAAUGGGGGCAUUUCAAAGAAUGGGUACUCGUGCUGCAAAAGUGCUUCAACUGCAGCGAUUCCGCAAUCAAGGCGCAGGCCAUUGUCGGGUGGAAUCGAUUCGUGUUUGUCGUCAGCCCCAGCGAUACAACCAGCCCUUCCUUGUUGCGGAUGUUAAGCAAGCCCAUCGUUUCCCAGUUCGAUCGGAAGAAACAAGACAAGCAGCCCAGCCAGCUGGCACUGUGCAGUUAUUACAAUCUCCUAUAUUACGCUUUUCGUCCAUCGGCAUCUUUUCAGCAUCUUGAUGUCGUCUGGGAAGAAUACAUUGCUUCGCCCGCUUCCAGCAUAUUCUCGUCAGUGCCCAGCCUAAGCGACAGGAUGGCUCAUGUGUUGUCCAAUAUGCUCUGGAGCCCACAAGCAAAAAUGUGGGUGGAGAACAAGGUCAAUGAGAGCAACAAAAUGGACCCUGAAGAGCUGCCCUCAAUUGAUAGCAAAUGGAUCCGGUCGAGGAUCACGUCUGUUUUGAGUGUAUUCGAGGAACUAUUCAAGUCCUCUGUCUGGACGGCCGAUAUUGAGCAAUCAAACAUUGCUGCGACAUGGCUCAGCCUGUCCCGGGCCUUGUCCUAUGCUUCGAGCAAGGAGAUCACUCCAACACCAGAGUCAAUGCAAGCCGUAGCCCACGUGCUUGGGCUUCUGCGGCGGCUAUGGAAUGCAGGUCCCGCUUCGCUCAAUGCUGCUGUGGAGGAUAGUCCGAUGGAGGCCUUCUAUGAUCGGUUCAGCUUUCUUGCUACCUCCAUGAUCUACUCUCUCGGCAGUGCUCGGUUUACCGAGAAGCUACUCCUCAAGACAGCGGAUGAGACUUUCCAAGCCGCUACAACCCCUACGCAUCGUCAUCCAAGAGCGAACACCAGUCUAGAUAGCCCCAUCCUGCAUUUUCUCCGAUUCAUCAGUGAACUACCCGGCAAUCCGAGGCCCACCCCAUCUUAUCUCCGUCUAGUUAACCGUGUUUUGGAAGCCACAUGCAGCGACAAACUGUCUAGAAGCUCUCGCCUGGAAAUUCUUCGGCAAUGCGCCGAUAUACACCUAUCUGAUGUGGCUUCACCUAUCGGCAAGGACAGUCUAGCUGAAACGAUAUGGAGAUCUGCAGCACGUUUGUCCGAGAGUUCUCUAUCCUCCUUCCCCAUGGAAACAGCUCGUGGACGUGACGGCUCGGUUAGCCGCGAUUAUGAGAAUAUAGUUAACGUCCUCUCUGCGGGCUUGAAAUUCCCGGAUGUUUUCGAAAUCUUCAACCCGCUUAUGGAAUCUCUUAUCCGCGUCGUGAGAACCGAGAAGGGCGACCAAGCAAUCGCGACAAUGGCCGUGGAACCGCUUGCCGAGUCUAUGAUGAAACAGGGUGCUCGGAAUACAUACCUCCCCUCGGCAUCGCUUCUGCGACUUUCGCUUUCUAUUCCUUACUGUCACGAGCCGGGGGCAGGGACUAACACCCAGGGAUUGGUCUUGCCCCACAGCCUAAUCGAAUUAGUGAAUAAAACACUCUCCGAGUCGUAUGAGGGAUUUGACCCCUUGGAAACGAGCGGUGUUGCCGAUUUUAUUGAAUCUUUGACGUCUCUUCUGGGAUCGGGUGUUUCGACUUUCCGGUCCGCGAUUCUCGCACGCCUCCAGCAGCCCCUUGCUCGUUACGUUAGAGACGAAGAGCGCAAGCUUAAUGUUGAGAGUGGCGUGGAGAGCAGAAUCCUGACUGCUUGCCGCGCGCUGUCUUCAGCUGUCUUGAACAUCUUGCAAGCAUCACAGCCUCACGAUUCCCAGUGCUUACAAAGGUUUGAGCAUAUCAUCUGUGCAGGCCUUGAAUCCACGCAUGCAUCAGUAACAAAGAGAUUCCUCGACUUUUGGAAAUCCUCCUUUGGCCUGCAAGAAUCCCUACCCUGUCCUGAAAUUCUGUCCUGUGCCUUGCAAAAACUGGAAAACCACAUCAAGCUUCAGCAAACUGGUGGUCUUUCGCAAAGCUCGCAGUCUGCCAUGCAAUCCAGUCGGUCUAACGGACAGGAAGCGAACACCGGGUCAGUCGAUACAUCGGCCAAGUCUCGCAUCGCUUUUAUCCUAGAAGAUCCAUACGAGUCGGGCCUGAAAUCAUCACCCGUCACCGGAGGGUCUGAGCGUAGGGCCAUGCCUCCGUCUCCGGAGAGGCCGAACGAGCCUCAACCAAGCCAAGUACCUCCAGGUGGCGAUGAGUCUGACCCGGUUGCUGCCAUGAACCAUUCGAUCUCUCUCCCAGCGGGGCCUGGGGAUCCAAGAAAACGUAGUGAGUUAUUUUCGAUCAUCGAGAGUCUCCGUUCAUCUUCGCCGCCGACGAACACCCCGAGAGAACUGGGGUUCAUGACGCCCCCGCACUUGCGCGACCUUCGCAACACGGAUGCCGACGCUGCAACACCCCAGACCCCCACCCUACCUCUUGUGUCCGCGGACCAUGAGUAUGGCUUUCUCGGCUCUUCCCCUACGCCGGGUACUCGAAGCCGAACGCAAUUGGGCGAAUCGGAGAUUCCUCGGUCGCUGUCUACUCCGGCAGCAGAAGACUCCGCCGUGGAGAACGAUCUUCGUUCCUCCCCUCCAAAGCUCAAGUCAGUCAGCCCCGAGCCUCACAACAACACCCUACAUCUGGACACUCCUGUUUCGGACAACGCGCCGACGGUUAUGAGUAAGAGUGCGAGGAGGAGGUCUCGGCGCUCAUUGAAAAAGAAGGCAUUGAGUCAGUCUAAGCAACCUCAGACGGCUGAAAAGGGUGCCGCAGGUGCAAUGGAAGAGCCAUUGACGAAACGUCUCCGUUCAUCCAUGGGAAAGGCGCCCGAGAACAAGGAGCGUCCCUCCAACGACCAUAGAAUACUCGAAGAAUCAAAGACAGCCUCGCAAAAACCACAACACUCCCAAGGUCCUACCGACCCCAGAUCUACUGAAGAACAUGCUUCUCAGCCUGCGUCGCAAAGCAGCCCGGUCCGUGCUGAACUGCCUAAAGACAAUUGGAAGUCGCAAGUCGAGAAUUCCGAUUGCAUUGCGGAUUCAUGCAGUGACGAUAUGGAGACCCAGGUUGCGUCUCAGCUGGAGCAAGAUCUGGAGCUUGCUGUCGAUCUGGACGGCACCCCGGUGAUGGUAGAACGCACAGUGGAUUCUUCAGAGCAGGGGCCGCCCAAGAAAAGGAAACGCGAAGCAGAAGCCACACCUUCCGGUAAAGAACGGCGUCGGUCUUCAAGGCUCACCAAGACACCCUCCGUUGCAGAUGUCGAAGGCAGCAGCACUCGCUUCCAGAGAAUAUUCCCUUCACAAGAUGUUGAAUCGUCUCCGGCGCCGAAACGACGGAAACAAGACUCAAAAGCAAGCGCGACUGACAUAGGCAAGCCCGCUGAACAGGUCGCUGGUCCUGACGGCGCCAAGAGCAAGGUCCAGGAAACACAAGACAAUUCUCAGAAACGCAGAUCUUCUCGUCUUAGCGGACAGGCAGCCCCAGCUAUUCCGGAAGACAGUCCACUGCCCACGAAGUCACCACGGCCCAGUCGUUCCCGCAAGCAGGGCAAAGACAAGAAGGACAGCAUACAAGAGGAGCCCCCGUCCAGGGAACGGACCCACUCCCCGCAUGAGACUCCUGCCGAAGACUCUGUUAAGAACGAACAACCUAAGGCCAUUGUUCAGAGCGAGGCCGCCCAAGGAGUGUCAGGGCCAUUGAAGCCCACGACUGAGGCCCAGGACCAGCCAAUGGAUGAGGCUGUGCCGGAGACACAACCAACGGAUUUGGAGCAUGAUAUCCCGAUGACGGAUGCGUUCGCGGCCAUCGAGCCCUCUUCCGAGAAGAAAGCUACAACUAGGGAAAAGAGUCCUGAGAAGAAGAAGAAGAAGACACGAGGUGUAUCCCGCAUGACGCAGACAGAUAGCGAACAGCAGAAACAGAAAAUUAUCACGGAAGCUGAAAUCGCCAUGUCCCUGCGCAAGGUGUUGAGCGACGUCAAACUGGCCAAGUUAAACCGGGACUCGCUCAAAGAAAUUGACGAUUUAUUGUUUGAUAUCCGGGUGGAAACGCAUGAGGCAUUGAGGAGAAACACCGAAUGAGGGGGAUUUUGCAUAGCGAUGGCGUUGAACUUGUCUAUAUCCUAUUUUCUAUAUCUUAUACUCCUUUUUGCCGCCUUUUUGUUUUGACCAUGUGCAUCAAAAGAUCCUGUUCUUAUUCUAGCAUUCUUUCGGUCUAUGGCAGCUGUAUGUACUCUGCUUUCCAAUUGGCACAGACCCGGAG